AUGCCUCCCUCACUGCUGCACGACCACGUCUGCGAACGCGACCAAUUCCCUCUACACAUCUUCCACGAGUUGCAACAUCAUGGUGACGAAGUCUGGCAUCUCGAAUUCUCCCACGACGGCUCCAUGCUGGCAACCGCUUCCAAGGACAAUACCGUCAUCAUCUAUGACACCACUUCAUGGAUGCCCAUCUGCCGUCUGAACCAGCAAAAGUCCCACAACGAGUGCGGUGUCUGCUACGUUGCUUGGAGCCCCGACGACACAUACAUACUCGCCUGUUCACAGGCGAGAGAGCUGGCAAUCUAUCAAGCUCGAACAGGCACUCGCGUCGGAGGUGUCGACCACUUCCACUAUCCCGUCACAACCGCUGCCUGGGCCCCCGAUGGCCAAAGCUUCAUUGUUGGCUCACAAGAUUCUAGAAGACCUCUUGGUCUCUACCAACUAUCAGACCAGUCGUUACUGCAUUCGUGGAUCAGCCACGAUGCUCAAAGCCUUCGUGUAAACGACUGUACAGUCUCGGCUGACGGAUCCCGCCUCGUCGCUAUAAGUAACGACAACCGCGUCAUCGUCUACGACUUUAAGACACGUCUAAAACUCCAAGAAUGGGUCAUGGAGGACAGGCUCACCUGUGCCACCUUAAGCCAUGACGGCAAGUCGCUGCUCGUCAGCAUGAACGAAGGCCGUCUGGUGCUCCUGGACUCGGACACUGGUGAAGUCUUGCAACGCUACACAGGCCUGACUCAAAGUGAAUUUGUCAUAAGAAGUACCUUUGGUGGUGCUGGCGAGAAUUUUGUCAUUAGUGGCAGUGAAGGUGAUACCAAAUACUGCAUCCAAACAUACCUCAAGUUUGCUAAUCGAGUACUAGAUUCACGAGUCUAUAUUUGGCGAAAACACACUGGACAACUCGUUGUCGCACUGGAAGCACACCCUCCUGGCACCGUAAACUCGGUUGCCUGGCAUCCGACCAAUCCAGCCAUAUUCGCUUCUGCUGGCGACGACAGAAGAGUCAGAAUGUAA